AUGUGUGGGGGCCCCAGUCAGUCUCCACUCGAUUUGGGGAAUGUCACGUUCGCCGACUUGGGGAUUUUUCGUUUCCAGGGCUACGGUCUCUUGCCCACUAGCGUCAACGUCACCAACAAUGGACAGACGGCUCACGUGACCCUGAAGACGAAAAAUCCCCUGAAGCUAUCCGGAGGAAGUUUACCUGGGGAGUACGUGUUCGACCAGCUCCACUUCCACUGGGGUUCCUCCCUCGACCGGGGAUCCGAGCACACCAUCGAAGGCACGAAAUUCCCGAUGGAGAUGCACAUGGUGCACUACAACGCCAAGUUCAAGAACGUGACAGAAGCGACUGCCUCUGGUGAACAGACUGCAUUCGCAGUCCUCGGCUUCUUCUUCGAGGUAGCUGUUACCUAA